GGAUGAGAAGGUGAGCAGCGGGUGCGUUUUGGGCAAGCAAAGUAAGCCUACAUAAAAGAUUAAAAAAAAAAAGCCUCCCCAAGCAAGCAGUUGUGCUGCCCCAAAAUUUUCAACUUAACUUCCUCCUCUUCAACCAACCUUCUCAUCAUAACCCGCGUGUUCGCCGCCUGUAGACAUAUUCGUAUUGCCUUUCAACUCUUCCCCGCGCCCUCUUUUCUUGAUUCCUUCCGUUCCUUCCUUCAAUCUAUUUACUUGCAAAAAAUAUCGAGUUUUGCUUCUUUUCUGUGAAACCAAUUUGCAUUGAUUUUCCCUUGUCGGUACCGGAUUUUUUAGUGAUUCAAAAAAAAAAAAUGAGCGCGUGUAAGCGCGUGGUUCAGUUAGGGUUUAAUGCGCAUUCAGCUUCCCUAAUUAACAGGUUUAGAUAUCGGCAGAUUUCUCAACUCGUUAAGUCCAACGGAAAACGUGCCUUUCUCGUCGAUACAUUGGCUCUGGUUCGAAGUUUGGAAGCACAAGGUGUGCCAUCAAAACAAGCGGAGGCAAUAACAGCAGCAAUAACUGAAGUGUUAAAUGACAGCUUGGAGAAUGUGUCACAUUCUUUUGUUUCAAAAGCAGAAAUGCAGAAGACCGAGAUGCUUCAGGAAGCCAAUUUAUCCAAGUUUAAGUCUGAAGUAAAAAGUUCUCAGGAGCAUCAUUUUUCUAUGCUGCAACGUGAAACUGAAAAGCUUCGGGGUGACAUAGAAAAAAUGCGAAGUGAACUAAGGUAUGAAAUUGACAAAGUCACUGCUGGCCAGCGUCUGGAUUUAAAUCUUGAAAGAGGGCGAAUACGUGAUGAACUAGCCAAUCAGAAUGCGGAAACUAACAACCUGACAAACAAGCUAGAUAGGGAAAUUCAUGCUUUAAGAGCCCAGUUGGAAGCUGCAAAGUAUGAUGUGAUUAAGUACUGCAUAGGUACCCUUGUUUCCAUAUCUGCAGUUGGGCUAGCUGUAGUCCGCAUCCUGAUGUAGCAGGACAUUUGUUUUUAGUAAUGCCACUUAUAUAAAUCUCAAAUUUCAUUCUUUUUCUGGCAACUGGAUUUCUGGGGAAUUACUUGGUUGAUGGAUCCCAGUUGAUCUGGAACAAUUGUUAGUGCUUCUUUUAGGAUUAAGCACUACUUAUUGUGUGUAACUCUGCUUACUUGGUAUGAUUUUAUGCCAUUCUAGGAAGGUAAAGGAGAUAUUGUAGCAUGAUCCAUUCUUUUUAGAUCAUGUAAAAGAUUUCUUUGCAUCCUUCUUUCAAGUAUGAUCAAAGCAACAAAUUAUUGGUCA